AUUUGAGCGCGUAGAGAGGCCUCGGACGCGCGCAACCACGACGAUCAGAUACCGUGCCCCUUGAGGCAUCACAUGGGCCCGGAGACGUCGUCGUGAACGCGUCGCUCGCGCUUGCAGGGGACCGGGGAGGCAGCGGCAUGGCCGAGGAUCUUACGCAGCGGUUCCGCGGGCUCGUGCGCGGGUGCCCGCGGUCGGGCGCCGCCGCGCCGCCGCCGCCGCCGCCGCCGCCGCCGUCGGCGCAGCUCCGGCGCGCCGCCCUGGUCGUCCGCGGGAUUCGGCGCUGCGAGCGGACCCUGCGGCGGGUGGCCGUCGCCUACGCGACGCCCGGUCCGGGCGGCGGCGGCCUGGGCGACGACCAGCGCGACGGCGUCGACGCGCGCGUCGCCGCGGUCCUCGCGGAGUGCCGGGCGGCGCUCGCGGCCGCGCCGCGCGGCGCGGCCGCGGCGCCGCGCGAGGGCUCGCGCGCCGCGCACGACCGCGGCGGCGCCGAGCUCCAGCUCGAGCGCGAGCGCCUCGCGACGGAGUUCGAGGGCUCGCUCGACGCGGCGCGGCGCGUCGAGGCGAAGAUGGAGCACGUGAGCCGCCUCACGAGCGCGUUCUCUUCGCUCGUGUCGGAGCAGGCGGAGACCGUCGCGAACCUCUACGACCUCGUCGAGGAGACCGCGGCGUCCGUCGACAAGUCCGGCGACCAGCUCGCGCGCGCCGCGGCGCGCGCGUCUUCGUUCCCGCGCUUCUUCAAUUGCGUCGUCCUCGGCGCCGCCGCCGGGCUCCUCCUGCUUAACGCGCUUCUCCCCUAG